AUGCCAAUUGUUAUGUUAGACCAACAUGAAAAUCAAAAUUCUGAAGAAAAAAAAUAUUUAUGUGUCUUAUUCACUAAUAAGCUUCUUAUAAGAACUGAAGCAGAGAAAAUUAUUCCUACCUGUAACAACAAUAAAGAGGACCCAUUGCUACCUGAGAGUCAUAGUCAAUUCCAGCAAUCAAUACCUUCUCAAAAUGCAAUUGCUGUGGAUUCAGUAAUUAACGAACCAUCACUUUCAUCUGAAAGGAUUGAGAAGCAUUUUCAGGAAUCUGAGAAAUCUGAAAAAAUUUACAAACUGCUAAAGCUAUCGAAGAACCUAAAAAAUCUACAAACUGUUGAAGCUAUUGAAGAAUUAAAAAAAUCUGAAAAUAAUUUACAAACUGCUGAAGCUAUCAAAAGACAUAUAUUGGUGACUAUAAAAAGGGAACUAGAAAUUGAGGAGGAUUUUGUAAUUGUCAAUGGAUAUUGUCAGAUCAAUAAACAUUAUGACAAUUUUCACAAAGCAAGUACACAAUUAGUUAAGCAUAAGCUAUUGGCCAAUAAUGAUUUUGAUCAUGAAAAAAUAGAAGUAGAGGGUUUAAAAAGGUGUCAACAACAAUGA